CAAAGCCAAAACUUUGCUCAUAGAAAAAGAAAAACCAGACUUUGCUCACAGAAAAAGAAAAACCAAAACCAAAACUCAAACUCCGCCCACAGAAAAACCAAAACCAACCAGCCCACAGAAAAGCCAAAACCAACCCGCAUCCAUCUUUUCUAUGCUCUGAGCUGUUUGUGUUGAUGUCGAUGGCUCACCGCCGCCGGUUUCCGAUGGCACUUGUCAGAAACACCGCCGAUCUCAUCCGUCUUCUGCCGGCGCUGGCGAUUGUGUUGAAUCUGGCUUUUCUCUCACCGAAACAUCUCAGAUCUACAUAUGAUGGUGAUGAUUCUUGCUCUUUUCCUCUCUUACCGCGCAGGAUCUCAUUCCUCUUCGGCCGCCGCUGGCGAUUGUGUUGAACAUGUCUUUUCUCUCACUAAUCUCACCAAAGCAUCUCAGAUCUGCAUAUGAUGGGACUCCCAAGUUUGCUAAAACAGGAAGCCCUUGUUGUCCUUUUGAAGUUUUUUCCGGUGUAGUUUCUUUUUCUCACCGGAAUGAUUUGAUGGUGUUUGGUGUGUGGGAAGUUUCACACGCGUGCCGCUGUGUGAGCUGGCUCAGUAUUGAAGAUCCUUCUGGGCAUGGUUUAGAAUGGUCAAAUUGUGUUGUUACUUGCAAAUAAAUUGCAAAUAAAAAACAAAAAGAAUUGAAUAAGAAUAAUAAUCAAAAUUAUUUUUUGAAAUAACCCAUCAAAGAUGAUAUAAGCAUUCACAUAAAUAUUAAAUUAUAAUUAUUAAUUUUUGUGGUUAGGGUAUUAUUUUGAUAAAAGAAAAAAAAUCUUCAAAAAUUGCAUUUGGAUGGGAAAAAUUAAAAUAAGGAUUCGAGGCUAAGAUAAACCAAAAUUAUAAGAAACUUAGCUAUAGAUAUUGUACUGAGAUAUAUAAGGAGAGAUUUGAGAGACGAGAGGAACUAGGCAUCAUUCAGAAAAAAAGAGAGAGAAUUGGGCAACUCAUCAAUGAUCUUCUCAAAUGGGUACUUGGCAUGGUGACACUUUUAAAAAAAUCAUUUUCACAUAUCAAUAAAAUAACUGUUUUAUAUAUGUUUUUCAAAAAAAAUUAGAGUUGGGUUUAAUUGAUAGAGAAAUCUGUAUGUGUAUAGAAGAAAUAGUUGUGAGAAAUCUAUCUGAGAAUUUUUAAAAAGAUUUUUUGAAGUUAUAAUUUAAAGUAUUUGAUUUGUUUAUUAUUUGGAUGUAUUUAGAAAGGUAAUUUAAGAAAAACAUACGGUGUAGAGUGUGGGGUAGAGUGUAUGUAUUUUGAGGUAAGAAAAACAUACGGUAUAGAGUGUGGGACAGAGUGAAUUGAGAAUAAAUUAUAAUUGUAAAUAAUUUAAUAGGAUAUUAAUUUUUUUUUUGGGUACAAAUACAGUUCACCCCCAACCCCAACAUCAUGGUACAUUUUGGUACCCCAACAUGGUACAUUUUGGUUCAGACCUGUGAUCUCGCCUCUCUGGGACUUUGGUUCUGGGAAUUGUGUUUUAAGAUCUGUGAUCUCUCCCCGCCGGGACUGUGAAUCUGGUUGCAUAUCUCUGGUCUCUGGGACGAUCGUGGAAUUUUGGGCGGAUUGAAAAUGCCGAACGCCCAGGAUCAAAGGGAGGUGGCAGCUAAUUCUUAUGAUGAAUUCCACAAAAUUUUUUGGGUUUUCAUUACAUUGUUGGGUAGCAUCCUCCAAACAAUGUAUCAACCAUUUGAAACACAUUAUCCAAAGGCGGUAGCAUUCGUUGUUACUAUUGUGAUCUAUUUUUCAUCAUUGUUGGCUGAAUUAUUUCUCCGAACCACCGGAAGAGAUCAUAUGAUAGUGAACAAAUUAAGCUUGUUCUCGGGUGUACUUGCUGUUAUUUUGCCAAUAUUGAUCAUUGUCCCAGUCAUCGGGUGGUUGGCUUUGGGCAUAUGGGUCUGUGUUUCUGGAAUUGUUCUAUAUCGCUUCUAUGAUGAGAUCAGAGAUGAUUUUGUCGAAAUUGUUGCGGAAUUUAGAAGCGUAAUGAAUAAAUUGAGGAAUGACAAUGCAAAUGAAAGUCAGGAUGAGCCUUUUCGACUGCCUGUGUAAGCCUACAUCAACAUUUUUGCGAAAUUUAGAAGCGUAAUGGAUGAAUUGAGGAAUGGCAAUGCCGGCUGAAAGUCAGCAUGAGCAUCACUGACUGCCUGUGUAAUUUUUGUUCAUGCUGAACCAAGGUUGGGUGUUUGGGAUUCAAUAUUUUAGAGAUAAUGUUAUUAAGUUCCUCUGUGUUCGUAAGAAAUAGCUCCCUAGGAUACUUUGAAAUAGCUCCCUGGAGUACUUUGUCAUGUUUGUUGUACUCUUUCAGAAAUGUUAUUAAGUUCCACUAUGUAAGAAAUAGCUCCUUGGGGUAAUGUUGUACUCUACUAGUGUUUCCGCUGAACCAAGGUUGGGUGUUCCGGGUUCAAUUUCUUAGAGAUACUGUUAUUAAGUUUCACUGUGUUUAUAAGAAAUAGCUCCGUGGGGUACUUUGUCAUGUAUGUUGUACUUGUUUUUCUGCUGAACAAAGGUUGGGUGUUUAAGGUUCAAUUUUAUAGAGAUACUCUUAUUAAAAA